CUCCUCCUCCUCCUCCGCCAUGGCCUUGCUGUGGCCCCGGGUCCUGCUGUUCGGCGACUCCAUCACGCAGUUUUCUUUCCAGAAAGAUGGGUGGGGAUCAUUACUUGCCGACAAGCUGGUCAGGAAAUGUGACGUUUUUAAUCGUGGGUUUUCAGGCUACAAUACCAAAUGGGCCAAAAUAAUCCUUCCAAGGAUAAUUAAGAAAAGCACUACUGCCGAAAACCCUGUUGCAGUUACCAUUUUCUUUGGCGCUAAUGACAGUGCUUUGAAAGAUGAAAAUCCCAAGCAACACAUUCCUUUGGAUGAGUAUGUUGAGAAUUUAAAGACCAUGAUACAGUAUCUUGAGUCUGUAGGUGUCCCUGGAAAUAGGGUCAUUUUGAUAACACCACCCCCUCUUUGUGAAUCAGCUUGGGAGAAGGAGUGCAUUGCUCAAGGUUGCAAAUUAAAUCGGCUAAAUGUGGUUGCUGGAGAGUAUGCAAAAGCCUGUGUGCAAGUGGCUGAGGAGUGUGGGACUGAGGUGCUUGACCUGUGGACAUUGAUGCAGAAGGACAAUCAGGACUUUACUUCCUACCUGUCUGAUGGGCUGCACUUAUCAGCAAAGGGCAAUGAAUUUCUGGCAUCCCUACUUUGGCCCCUUCUGGAGAAGAAAUUGGCUACCCUGCCUUUGAUCCUUCCUUACUGGCGUGAUGUAUCAGAGUCGAACCCUGAACAGAGUCUUCUGGAGGAAGAAGAAAAUGCUAAACAGCUUCUUUGAUGUGCAGAGUGCUGAAGAGCAAUGACAGUAGUAGUGACACAGAUUACAACAAGUUUUGUUAAAGGGCAUUAUUGUCAAAGUGUUGAGUUCUAACAGAAUGACUGAAGUAUUUUAAUGCUGAUGGCUGCUGGUGAUCAUUUUCCAGUUUCACCUGCAUAAACCUAUGUAAAAGCUCAUGUUAGGAGCAUUUUUCAUUUGAUGAUUUACCAAAAAUUGAAAACGGCUGUUUUUUGUAAUGUUGACAUCUGGAAAUAAGUUUUUUGAGUAUAAAAAGAUUCAACAUUUUGGAAA